AUGCCCGGACCCAGCGUGAGACCCCGUGCUCGGGAGCGGAACAGCGUCCUCAACAGACCCGAGUUCAUGUCGCUUAAUCAGCCGCUGAGAGGCGGUGGACCCCCGGAGAGCCGCGGCGGUGGAGGAGGAGGAGGAGCGGGACCGAGGCGCUCCAGCUCCAUCCGCGGCCAGGCGAGCGAGGAAGCCGGCGACGGCGCCCCGAAAGCGGACGCGGCCAAGCGAGCCGAGCCGGUCCAGCAGCGGCUGCCCGAAGAGGACUGCAUGCAGCUCAACCCGUCUUUCAAGGGCAUCGCCAAGAGCUCGCUGCUCGCCAUCGACAUCAGCCUGUCCAAGCGCAUGAGCGUGUGCGCGCACGCUUGGUCGUCGUGGGGGGGCUGGCGCUCCAUGGUUAACCUGCUGGCGCUCACCGGGCACGGCCUCACCUGGAUCGUCGGUACCUUUGUGUGCCUUACGCGCAGCAACACGCUGGCCGGACAGGAAGUGCUGGUCAACCUGCUGCUGGCGCUGAUUCUGGACGUGCUAACGGUGGCGGGCGUGCAGCGCCUGGUGAAGCGCAAAGGCCCUUGGGAGAUCUCUCCAGGUUUCCUGGACCGCGUGGCCAUGGACGCGUACGCCUUCCCGGCGGCCCACGCCAGUCGCGCCGCCAUGGUGUCCAAGUUCCUGCUGUCUCACCUGGUUCUCGCCGUGCCUCUGCGCAUCCUCCUGGUGCUGUGGGCCGUCCUAGUGGGGGUGUCGCGGGUGCUGCUGGGCCGGCACCAUCUGACGGACGUGCUGUGCGGAUUCGCCCUGGGCCUUUUCCACUUUGGCCUGAUGGAGACGGUUUGGCUGUCGUCCAAUGCGUGCCAGACUCUCAUUUCCAUCGGGACCCUCAGUUGGAGCCCCUUCACCUGA